AUCUCCUUUCUCCCUGUCUCUCUCCCUUUCUCAUCUCGCCCUAUCUCCCCCAAUUUUACCCUCUUGGGGGUACCACCAGAGUGAUCCGUGGUUCUGUGAGUCACACUUAUUUCCCAGGUCUGUGGGUAUUGCUGUGGGAACAGUCCCGGGAGCUGUGAGUGUGGAACGAGGGUGGGGGAGGGCGCUUGCCUUUCAGGAACUAUAGAACUGCAAUUACAAUAGCUGGUGCCGUUUCGGGUUUGGGGUGUGAUCCGUGGGCACCAACAUCUGUGUGGCUCUGCUAUGUCUGAGUAAUUAAUUGAUGGGCAUGCCCUUGAAUAACUUACUAAGUAUCUUAUGAGAGAAAUACAUUCUAAAGCUAUUAGAGAGAAAACCUCCUUGUGUCUGCUCCUUCACCCAAGCAUCCUAAGGAAAAAGUUUUGGGUAAAAGAGAGUCUUGCUCUAAGAAUUUGGGUGCCCCAGAUAUCUUCUGGGAUAUGAAGGCAUUAAUGCACCAAUCUAAGAAAGGGGUUAUGGGCCACUCCCGAGUUCUUCGGGCCCAUCGAGGGGUUGAUGGGCGGGGGGGGGGGGGCACAAGUGGCACCUACUCUCAGGCUUUGAGUAGCUUUUAGUGCCAAGAGCAAAAAGCCAACUAGCACCCCCCUUCCUAUUUAUCCUCCUGGAACUGAGAGGAGCCUGAACAGGAGACUGGGGACCCAGGGAGAUUGAGAGGGACUCUGCCCUCAGAAUGCCCCUGCUUGAGGUCUCUAGUGAGGGCUCAAAGAGCCAGGGAAGGAAGGUGGAGUGUGUGGGUUUGCAAACAUGUAGGCAAUAGAGAUUCUUGGGGUGCCCAUAUUCCACUGUUAGUCCCUAGUCUGCACGCAUACCAUGGGGUCUUGAUCAUGUUUUCUAAGAUGGUGAUAGAGCUGAGCUAUUCCUGAGUGAGAUGCGAAGGUGAGUCUAACAGUGGGAGCUCAGCAAGCAUGUAUUAAAUGGACAUUCUAGGGAGGGGCACAGCCUUUGAACUGAGAUGAAAAGCCAUAUGUUUGAUAAGAGAACAAGUCCACAGGGGAAGGUCAGAAAGACUUCUCACGACCAACCCCUUGGCAUUUCAUUAACUUAUUCCUCUCACUUACCAUCACUUCAUUGAUUUGCUCAUGUUUGCACAGAAACACGGGCACCCACAGAGCACUGGAGAAUGACCUGAGAAUACAGAGAACCAGCUUUCAGCUGCCAAGGAGCCAAGGGAUGAGCUGGGGUCAUUCUUCCCAAUGGCAUCUCCCCCUGGUCUGGAACUGAAGAUAUUGAGCAAUGGUCCCCAGGUUCCAAGGAGACCAGCCCCACUGGGCCCAGUGGCGCCAACCAGGAUGGGUGUGGAGAAUGCCUGCUUCUUCUCUGAGGAGCAUGAGACUCAUUUCCAGAACCCUGGGGAUGCCAGACUGGGUAGCUCUCCCAGUCCUCCUGGAGGUGUCCCCUCACUGACCCGGUCCCAGCGGGAUGAUCUUUCUCUGCAUUCAGAGGAGGGGCCAGGUCUGGAACCUGUGAGCCGCCCAGUGGACUAUGGCUUUGUUUCUGCUCUGGUUUUCUUGGUGAGCGGAAUCCUCCUGGUGGUAACAGCAUAUGCCAUCCCUCGAGAGGCCCGAGUCAACCCUGACACAGUGACAGCAAGGGAGAUGGAACGCCUAGAGAUGUACUACGCCCGUUUGGGCUCGCAUCUGGACAAGUGCAUCAUCGCGGGCCUGGGGCUGCUCACAGUGGGUGGCAUGCUCCUGUCUGUGCUGCUUAUGGUCUCUCUGUGCAAGGGUGAGCUGUACCGCAGGCAGACCUUUGUCUCUGGUAGGGGAACAAGGAAGACCUACGGCUCCAUCAACCUGCGUAUGAGGCAGCUCGCUGGGGAUGGGGGCCAGGUCCUAGUGGAGAACGAGGUUGUCCAAGUCUCAGAGACCAGCUAUACCACACAGGGCUCUUAAGUAAGAGUCCACCCUAUCUUGCUGCUUUAGCUGCAGAGCUUGGAGGUUCCCCAAAACCUGGGGCUUCAAAGUGAGAUCCACAAAGGGUCUUGUGGAGGGAGUUUUGAUGCUGGGGUGGGGGCAGCCAGGGUUCUGGCUUAGGCCCUUCUAAGGCAAGCACCCCUCAUGUGUUUUGCAGCUUGAAGUUUUUGCAUAAGGCUUUGUUUGGAGGAUGGCUUCUGCUGCUAAAAAUACAUUUUUGGAAACCACUGCUCUUAGAAGAUGAGGUUGCUUGGCAUUUCUCAGGGUUGGGAGUCUGUGAAAGGUUGCCUCCAUUUUUCAUGCCUUGGGGAAUUCUGAGACCUCUGCUAUCUUCAUUAGCCAAGUAAGAGGGUUGGGAGACCAUCUAGGGUAGAGUGUGGCUUCAUGAUGGUGGGAGAAGUUGGUUCUGAGGUGAGCCCCCUGCAGCACCCUACUGACUGAACCAUAACCCUCCCUUCUCCAGACCUCAGUUGCCCAGUCUCUAACGUGAGGAGCAGGACUGGGUGCCCUACCAUGGGCCACAUCUUCCCUGGGAAUAGGAAGCCAGUCUGCCUCUGGCAAACCUUCAAGGAGGGAUGGGGGUGUUUGGCAGGGACUAACCAUUGUCACUGCUUCCUCUGGCCCAGCAUUGGUGACUACCACUACCAGGAGCCAGUGGUUCUAUGGCCCUGCUACAGAGCCCGGGUGAGUGGGUUUAGUUCAAUCCACAAUUUGACACAGUGUGAAUUGGUCUUGGGAUUUGAUUUCCUAUGGUGGCUAAUUUUCUGCAGUGGCACAUUUACAAAGCACAGUUUCUCCUGGGCACCUAGGUGUGAGGACUUGGUUGCAUCUCUGUGGGCAUGUUGGGAGCUUAUCACCUUCCCCCCUCAGUGGGCUGUUACUUAGGCCUGAUCUCAUCCUAGUAGCAGAAAACAAUUUUCUUUAAUGCUGAAUUUGUAAUGUCUGCUUUUCCUUUUUAGUAAAGUUCAGUUGCCAAUCAUCUGGGGAGAACUGAGGCACACUUAAGUGGCCUGGAUACUCCAGCCACAUGGAUUGCUGUUUGCAUUCUCUCUUGGGGGAAAUACUUCCAGCUCCCCGUCCCCCCCAAAAAAAACACCUCUGUUUAAACUUCUGACAAUGGAAGUAGGCAUCAGAGGGCAAGGGGAUAGCGGCAGACAUUUGGGGAGCAUUGUCCAGUCCAGAAAGCCCCAGAGGACUUCCAGAGCAUUACUGUCUAGGCUAUGGGAAGACUCUAAAAGGGUCAUUUCCAUGAGCCCUUGCUCCAUGCAAGUCCCUCGUCCUCCAUACUAGCUGCCUGUAUACGCUGAGAGCCUAGCUGUUGGUGGGGGAGGGGGUCAGAACAUGGGGUAGCAAAAAGUCUGUGGGCUGGAGAGGUCCUGACUAUGUGGAACAUGAACCUUCAGCCCAGGCAGCUUGAACAUCUGGGUAAUAUAAUAUCACAGCUUCUGAGACAGAUCAAAUGUCUGCUCAUGUUGGCAGUUUUUGCCUGGAGCAGAGGGCUGAGAGGGGGAGGGAUGACAAAAUUGUGCAGCUUGGCUUCAGAGGUUCUGCCAUGGUGCUGAGAGGGUAUGGCUUAGAAAGGACAAAGCUCAAGAGAGCAAAAUACCCCAAUCCCAGGACUUCUGUAGACAUGUCAGUUUUUCCUACUGGACAAAGUGGCAGGAACCAUGCUAGAUGAAUUAUAGUAAGGCGGGACAUUGCCAGUGAUGGGCCACAGCUUCCCAAAUCCAUGAUGAUAAUAAGUGUAUUGAUCCAAGCAGUGUGGAUUCCUGUGGCAGUAGAGGGGGGCAUGUUAGGCUACAGUACUUACUGAGAGUAUAAGCCUGGAGCUGCCCAUUCAGAUCAGCUUAAACACAAUGAAAUGUUUUUAGGGGCUAAAUCUGCUAGAAAAUAAAGGAAUGGCAGGGUUGUUUUUUUUCCCCCAAGCCCAAGGAACCUGCUUUGCAUUCCGAUGGGGAAACUCCUUUAGAAACCACAUGUAAAUGGAUCAAGGCAGUCAUUACCUUGUCAGUGAAUUAAGAUGAUUUGAGAGAUGCUGAAAGCAUUUCCCCAAGAUGCAGCUGAGAUUUCCCAACCGGAGGACCAAGGUUUAGGAGGGAGUUGGGGAGGAAUGAGGAGUGCUGUGGGUUUCUUUGGGGUUAGAUGUAGAGUUGUCCCUGAUGUUGCUGGAACAUGCCUACCUGACUUCUAAGAACUAUCUCUGCCAUCCUGCAGACCACUAGGUCCCCAGAUCUUGCUUUCCUCACAGUAUCUAACAGAGUGAUUUCAGAACUGGUAAGGUCAGGGUUAGAAUAUGAGUUCUGCCACUUACUGGCUCUGUGACCUUGGACAAGUUACUCAACCUUUCUGUGCAAGUGGACUAACUGGGCUAUACCUCAUUCCCAGGGUGAGAAACGUGGUUGGCACACAUAAUUGUUAUGUUUGAAUGAAAAGAUGAAACAAAAACGUUCUAUUCCUGUCAGGGCAUGUGGUGCCCUGUCCAUGGUCCUGGAGCCCCACAGUCCCUGUCCAGCUCCCCAGAGGCCUUGCUGUGGUCAGAAUCAGUGACAUAGAAGAUCCCAUGACUAGAAGUCUGGAGGCUUGUCAGUGGGCUCUGUAGCUGGGACUUACUCUCUGGGUCUGUUUAACUUUGCUUCAGGGUUUCCCUGAUGGAGAAAGGUCCUCUUCCCAGUCCUGGCAUGGCAUAGCACAGUGAUAACUGGAUCCACGAAACACUUGGGGGAGAGGAGUCUGUGACCCCUGGCUCCUCUUUGCUCAUCUGAGGCCACGGGGUGUCUAGGCCCAGGCAUUUGAUACCAUGCCCGUCAUCACCUCCACUUCCUCCCAGGUACCCUCUGGGUCUCCCAGCCAUCAGGGGGUGCUGGCUGAGUCCACCACCACUGCUCCUUUUCUUGGGAGCGGCUCACCUUCCUAGGGAUUCUCUCCCAAAGGUCCUACAUACACAGUUCUGUACAUGCGUGCGCGCGCGCGCGCGCGCACACACACACACAUACACACACACACACACACACACACACACACAAGAUGUACCCUGUCUAUACCUCUGCAGCUUUCUCAUCUGACCUUGCUCGGAAGCCAAGGACUCAGCCUCUGGCAGCAGAGCUCUAAUCCAGGGCAUCCUCUGGAAGCUGGUGAUGGUUUUCUCCUCUGUCUACCACAGACAUGUGGUUUUAAUCUUGCCAUCCUCUCAGCCCAGUGUCCCCUCUAUAGUCCCUCUUGUUUUCUCUCUUGGGAAGGGAGGAGAGUUCUGGGGGAUUCCAGAACCCUGGCACUUGGGGAGGGGACUGAGCUGGGAACUGGGAGAGCCAUGUCAUGCUGGUUACUACUUUGCUGUGGGUAGCAUCAAGCAGAGGGCAGGACAAGAAUGUGGGAGGCUUCAGGAAGCCAGGGGUGAAGUUCUGUUAGGGGAGAGUGGGAUGUUUGUGGUAUGGACAUUGGUGGGAAGAUGUCUCCCAUUCAGUUUGUUGGUUUCCUCCCUACAUUCCCCAGGGUUAGAUUCAUCUGGGAGAGAAGGUUGCUGGGGUCUGGGAUGAACUGGAGUCAUAGGGAGUGCCCGUCAGUGGAGGUAUGUUAGCAUUUACUUGCCAGGCGUUAGGUAUCUUCAGAGAUGGAGCAUAGUGGGUUAGCUGGACUUAGCUGAGGCUCCUCCAAGCUUCCAAAUUGUUCAUUUGAGGAGAAGCAAAGUCUUUAAGGACAGAACCAGUUGUUUUGCCCUGCUCUAGCUCCUUGUCCUUGAGCCCCUGUGCAUCCUCUUACCUACAUCAUCCCUCUUCCUCAACGGGUUUGUCCCAAGCAGAUGGACAGUGUAGGACCCCUGCAUGGUGCAGAGGGUGGCACACAGUGCUGGAGCAUUGCCUGUACGUGAAUCUCAGAGGGACAAGAGGCAGAACCCCGAGGGUCCACGGAGACUGACUGAUCACACAGUGUAAGGGAUGGCUGCUUAGGUGCUUGGCAAUGGCUCACUGCCUCCUGGCCUGUUUGUUCUUCUGAAAAGCAGCUGUGCCAGAUGCAACGACUUCCCAGUAAGACCAUGGUGAGGGGUAAAUACGUCUUUAAAGCACUUAGCACAGUGCCCUGCAUUUCCUAAUUGCUCAGCAAACAGCUAUUUGUGUUCUCUAGUUCAUCCGUGGUAUCCUUCCAGGGUUCGACGGAUAAACACAGUCCUGGCUGGGCUGCACUUAGGCUGUCUUGUGCAGGAUGGUGUGCCUGUGCAGCGCUGUGGGGGCGGGGGAGGAGUCAGAGACAGAGACAGGAGGACCUGUGUGAGUUGGGGGUUGGGAAGGUUCUUUUGGAAAGGGGGUGCUUAAUGAGAAUCUUCAACAACUGGAAAGUAUUGAUGUGGAGAAUUGGUGGCAGGUGGUUCUGGGCAGAGUGACGUGAUCAGAGGCUCAGAGCCUCAGCAGCUGGUGACAUGAGGUGGGCAGGUGGCACAGAGGUGACUGAGGAGUGUGCGGCGGGAACCCCCGUGGGUGCUUGGGCUUCGUCAUCUGGAGGAGGGGGAUGGGCAGGAUACUGUGGGAAGGCUGUAAGGCAUGAGUGUGGCGCUGUGAUGACAGGGCCUGUCCUCCCUCCACUUGCCAGUUUGUGUGGAAGGAAGACUUUUGUGUCAGAUGCCCGUGAGGGCAAUGCUGUAGCACCCCGUGACCCUCCUUUAGGGCUCUCACUAAGCCAGGGGACAUGGUCUUGACUCCAUGCCUCAACUUGGCAGCCUUUUCCUGUUUGGCUUCUGAGCCUCCAAGGUCAGGUGGCGGCUGCUGGUCUCCUGGGCAUAAGGAAAAGUAGCAAGUGAAAAGAGACUCACUAAUCAGAUCUGGCCCAGGGGAACAAGGACAGGGAAAGAAGGCAGCUGCUAUGCCAACCUCUUCCUGGGAGGUGUGGCAUCUGGGUCAGUACUGAUGCCAGGGCCAGUGACAUUCAGCGAGACCUAUCUCCUCUCUUUCCUCUUCUCCCCUGCUAGGCUCCUUUGUGCCCACAUCUUCCCUCAUUGAAGCUACUCCUGGGUGAGCUGGGCCACCAUCGCUGACAACCUCCCAAUAGCCCUAUUCUUACCAUCAGAGGUUAAAGCAGGAGCCCAGAUGCCAAUGUCUGCAGUUUUGUGGGUAAUAUCAAUGAGCAGAGUAGCUGGCCAUGGCAGUGGUGGCAAGGUUGAAGGGAGUGUCUUCUCUGGCCUUGGCCAUCUGUGGCUUCGUGCUCAUCAGAAUCCCAAGGUUUUCAGUUGCAGCUGGACGGCUGGACUUUGUGGAUAGGAGGAUGUGGCAAGGUGAGAACUGUGGCUGAGGUCAAGGGAAUGUCAAUAAGAUGUCGUCUUCUGGGGCCAGGGAUGCACAACUCCUUUCCCUGAGGCUUAUUAAAGCAUUCAUAAGGAUAGGUGCCUUCAAAACGGUGGGCACUUCUGAGCUGCAGGCCAGGGACCACUUGAUGGUGCCCACCCAAGCAUCCUCAUUCAUUCUUUCUGCAGAGGUUUGAGUGGCUGCCAUGUCUGGUUUCAGUUUUAUUUAGCGUUGAAGAGAUAAGAACCUAAGGAGUACUGACAGAGGCACCCGUGCUGGUUUGAAGGGACGGGUGUCAGGGAUCAGGAAGGAGGGCAGGCCCUCUCCUCUCAGAGAUGUCUGCCUGCCUCCAGAAACGGGCUGUCCUGGCUUGGAGAGGGGUGAAGCUUAUUGUAGACAGAUCUCAGCCCCACGAGGCUGGGUGCUGACCAGGGUGCUGAAUUGACAUGGUGCUUCCUAACAGGCUAGGUGAGUGAGGAGGAAGGAGAGCUGAUGUGUUCCUGUUACUAAGGACCCCUAUGACUGUUUUGGUCCACACUGAGCAGGGAAGCCUGGGAUAUGAAGACAGAAUUUCUGUGGUCUGUGAGGCCCUGGGGGAAAUCUUUCUCCUACAUCUACUAUGGACUUGCUUUUUCAUUUGUUUAGUAUAGAGUAGCUUCCAUCCUACCAAUCCCUGAGGGCCAAGGUGGGCAGCAGCUGGGGCCAUGUGGCCAGGCCCAGCACAGAGCCCAAACCCAGCCUCAGGGCCCAGAGGAGCCCUUAACUCACCCUCAGAGGGGCUUACUGGGCCUGUGUCUUGCGGAGUGAAGGUUGUACCACACGGUAUCAGAAGGGUGGAACCUGAGUGAUACUAGAGCAGUGGCAGUUAAAUGCUCAGGAUCAUGAACACCCAGCCAACAGGCUCAGCUUCAGAGUCUGCACUCAUCCCCGGGGUUAUGCAGAAUCUUUCCUUUCUGAGAUCGUUCAUCUUUCCCAGAAAUUCUGGGAUGGGUUUUGCCUGUGGAUCGUGGCCAGGUGAGGUCUGGGUACAGUUCUACUGGAAAGAACUUCAGAGUUUUAGAGCCAAGCUGGCUUAGUUCUGCCAACCCUUAGGGGUGUGUCCAGCACCUUGACUGGAGCCCUCAAUCUUCACCUCAGCUUGUAGCAAGCAGAGCCUGGGAUCAGAAGCUGUGCAUCCUGUGGGUCCCAGAUAAACGCUUGUCUCCUGUACUGGUUUAAAGGCCCAGAGUUCCUCUCUAUUGUGUGUGAGCUCCAUUCUCACUUACCCAUAUGACUUUGGUAAUGACAGCUGCUGACACCCACUGGACCCCCACUACCUAUAAUAAGACACAUUUAGUGGUAACUCUCUAGAAGUCUUGCAGGGGGUGGGGGGGAAACACUCAUUACACAGAUGAGGAAGGCUAUCCAGUAGUGUGCUGGAGUCAUCUCCACACUUGGUUCCUGUCAAACUACCAGACCUUUCUAAUCCUCUUUGGUUUAGAAAUGAAGCUGAAUGAUUAAUGAUCUGAGGAGUUGUUCUCUCACAAAGGCACCCAUAUAUUUAAGUACAUUUAUGAAAUACGCUUGAAUGAGCCACAGAAUUAAGGGAAUGUAGUGGCUAUUAGGGGUCCAACCAGGGAAAAUGCAAAUAUGAAUGCAUUAAUCAUGUAUGCCAUCCACUGAGACUGGCUGACUUCGUUCUUUGCUCCUGAUAUCCAGGUGAAGGUAAAGGGCUAGUUGUACACUUGAGCAUCUCAAAUUCAGUGUGCACAUGGGAUGUGGGGAAGUUCACCGGGGCUGAAGAGACGGCUCAAUGGUUAAGGGCAGUGGCUGCUCUUCCAG